GUUGCUCUUACUUCCGUCUCGGUCACUGACUCGAUUCUACGUGGUCGUGACCAUGAAGGACGAUAUGUGGCUACAUAUACACACAAAGAGUCCUGACAGUAUUAUACCACAAGUGCCUGAACGAGUCAACUCUCUUCUUGAUGUGAGAGCAUGAUUGGCUCUAGAAAGGAUGUCAGUCGGAUGAAAUUGUCAUUGUUUUGAAGCGCUGUGAUGGCGGUAUGGUGACACCCAACUUUGUUCAAAUCAUUCACGAACACAAUUUGAACGAUUACAACCAACAAGCAACGUCGGUCAGAUGAAACCACGAUUUACUUUGCAACACUCACAGCUCCACGUCAAGAAAAGAUGAUCAACGUCUCCGCGCUCCACGAUAAAUGUUAAUUUGUAUAUACCCAGCAUUCCCUGAAGGACCACACUCGCUAGAAAGUACCAGAACGGACCUCAAGCUCUUGACACAUGUAGCGAGAACACGGUACAACUGUCCUAAGAAACGUAUCGUUAAGUCUCGGUCAAGGUUGUUGUCAUCAAGUAUGUUGUACUCACGUUGUCUCAAGAUUGAACACGGCUUUCCCGUCCCCAUUUUCUCUCCCCCCUUUGUUUCCCAGUUUCGCUCAUGAUACACCCCACCCUCCUUACACGACGUCCACUCGUUAAUACCCAUGUUAUAUCUCACAAACGACUAACUCGCGGAGCUGGCGGAUCUCCAGGUUCACAACAAAAGGACGGAGAUGACUCGUCUUCUGGCGGACCUACAAACAACAAUGCUGACAAGACAAACACCAGUGGCCAAGAUAAUAACCACGACUCCAACAACCAAGGUCCUCCAGGUGGCUCUAGUACUGGUGGAGGAAGUGAUUCUGAUAAGGGAGUGAAGGACCAGAAGACGGAUCAGCCGAGCGGCCAACAAACUGAGCAACCAAACGACGGUCAACACAGCGACGACAGCGCAGCUCAACAAUCUGCCCAGAGCGACAGCCAACAUCCACAGAACAACAAUCCCGUCCAACAUGACACACAGAAUAGUGACUCGAAUGAUGGUCGCGGCAGCGGAGACAGCCCUCAAGGAACUAGCGCCGACGCUGGAGCUGGAGAUGGGAAGCAAGGUGGGGUGAAGGGCGGACAAGGACCAGACGAUACCCCCGGCAAAGAUGGCUCCUCCUCAUCCGGCGGCGCCGAUGGGAAUCCUGGAGCUAAAGGAGAUCCUGCGCCUGGUACCAGCCCUCCUGUUUCUGGCAAUCCUCAGCAAGAUUCCGGUUCUCAUAAUGGGCAACAAACCGGUAGUUCCGCAGUUGGCAGUCAGGACGGACAGCAGCAACAGCAGCCUGGAGAACCCGAUCAACGUCAGGGAAAUCCUCAGCAGGGCGGGAAAGACAAUUCUGAUCAAGGACAGAACGAUGGCAGUCAUGGUGGGGAUUCAGGUAGUCCACCGCAAAGAAACGGCCAGGGAAACUCUCAGCAGGGCGGGAAAGAUAAUUCUGACCAAGGCCAGAACGGUGACCGUCCUGGUAGUCCUCCAGGUAGUCCUCCAGGUAGUCCAGCGCAAGAAAAUAGCCAGGGAAGUAGCCAGACGCAAGGGAGCGAUCAUCCAGGUGGAUCUCAACAGGGAAAUGGUCAGCCAGGGAACGGGCAGAGUGGAAAACCGGGCGGUGAGCAACCGGGGAACGGACAAAGUGGGAAACCGGGAAGUCAGCAGGCUGGAAAUGGACCGAGCGGAAGACCGGGGGGUGGGACCGGAAACGAUCAACCGGUGGAUGAUAAUCCAAGUCAAGGAAGUCACCCAGAUGGCCAACCUGGAGGCAGUAAACCUGGAAAUAGUCAACAAGGGCCUGGAAGUCAAGGAAGUCAACCAGGUGGUCAAUCUGGAGGCGAUAAACCUGUUCAACAAGGGUCUGGAAAUCCUGCAUGCAAGUUGUUGCCUUUCUCGCCCGGUUGUUCGCAGCAGCAGGACGAUCAUGUCACGACCAACAACCAGAGUGGAGGUCAGCACGGAGACGGUCAAUCAGCUGGCCAAGCGGGAGGCAAUAAACCUGGAAACGGUCGACAAGGGUCUGGAAGUCAAGGAAGUCAACCAGGUGGCCAAUCUGGAGGCAGUAAACCUGGUCAACAAGGGUCUGGAAAUCUUGCAUGCAACUUGUUACCAAUCUUGCCCGGCUGUUCGCAGCAGGAAGGUAGUCGCAUUACGACCGGAGGUGGUGAUCCCCAUGAUGGUGGAAAACCACCUGGCCAGUCGGGAGACACUAAGCCUGGAAAUGGCCGACAAGGGUCCGGCAAUCCUGUAUGCAAAUUUUUGUCAAUUCUGCCCGGUUGUUCACAGCAGGGAGGUGGCCAUGGUACGACCGGUAAUGGUGGUAACCAGAAUGGACAACCUGGAAGUGGUCCUGGUCGGUCAGGAGACAGAGACGGCCAAAAAGGAGACGAUGGAAAACCUGGUGGAAAACCUGGAAGUGGUCAGCAAGAUCCUGGUCAAUCAGGAGAUGGAGACAACCCAGGGCGCGGUGGACAACAGAAUGGCGAUCCCGGUAGAGGCAGUGAUGGAGGUAAAGAAGGAGAAGGUCAAACAGGCGGCGGAUCCGGAGGUGGUCAACCUGGAAAUGAUCAAUCGGGUGCUAGUCCACCAGGAGAUGGUCAACCCGACAACGGUCAGGGUAAUCCACAGGACCAAGGAGGCGGCCAAGGGCCUGAUAAUCAGAACGGUCAGCAAGGAGGUGGUCCACCGGAUGGAAGCCAACCAAAUCAAGGGGAUAGCUCAGAGGAUAGCGGACAACAGAGUGGCGGCCCUGGACUUCCAUGUAGCUUACUGUCUAAAUUUUCUAACUUGCCCUUGCUGCGUGGCUUGGCUCUUUGUCCACAACAAGGCGAUAAUGGUACCGAAAACCAGGGUAAUUCCUCGAGCGGAGGUCAACAAAGUGGCCAAGGGAACGGUCAAGCAGGAUCAGGUAGCCAACAACAACCCGGUGGUGAUCGCAGUAGUAAUACGGCAGACCAAGGCAGUCAACCACAGCGACCGAGUGGUAGUGGUAGUGGUGGCUCGACAGGCCAAGGCAGCCAACAAGGGGAAGGUCAGAAUGAGCGUGGUCAGCAGGGAAGUGUCGAAAGUGGUGGAAAACCCAGCGGUCAAAACAAUGCUGGUAACGCCGAAGGCAGUCAUCCAAUAAACACCGUUGGAAACCAGACCGGUGGAAUCACGACGACCGCCAGCCCGAGUACAACGACGGGCAACAUGGGACACACAUCCAGCCAGCAAAGUCCAGAUGGGGCACAUGCACUCGCCGUGAACAGUGGGGUUUCUGGCCCCAUUCCUUCCUUUUCCACAUUCACUUCCACAAUUCACACCUCGAUCACGUUGUCGAGGUCUGAUGGCUCUCUAUCCGUUGUAGCCACGGAUAUCACUUCUACUGGUACAACGACUUUUUACGCUUCUGGCACAACCCCUCUUAACGUCCCUACCAACACUCCCGGCACGCCAAAGCAAAACACCAAGUCUCACGCUGCGGCGUUGAUUGGUGGAAUUGUCGCAGGGAUUAUCGCUCUUUUCAUUAUCAUCGGGUGUCUAUGCUUCCUACGUAGGAGACGUGCUUCCGCUCGAAAUGCCGUGUUCCGUAACAUGACCGAACGUCGUCCACAGUCUGGUGCUCCGUCCUCUAUACACUUCGAUCCAAUGGCUAUGGUCGCACCACCUCCACCUCCACCCCAACGACGCAGCUUUGUGCAGAUGCUUCUGUCGCGCAGGACAACACGCAGCACGCGUCAUAGGUCGAACUUGACCAAUGUGACUAGCCGCUCGAGUGAAACUGCGAGCACUCGCAGUACUCGUAGUCGUCUCUCUGAGUGGGCAACAAUCUCUAACCACAGCUUCACCACAGCUCGACUGGAAGAUGAUGUUGCAAAUCCUUUCCAGGACCCUCCAGUGAUAACGGAUCCCUUCGCCGAUCCUCAGCCUGGUUCUGCAUACAAUUAUAAUACAUUCACCCGGUCAGCGCCUGCGAUGUCUAUUGCAUGAACAUUUUGUUCUCGUUCUCUUAUUUAUCUAUUAUUCUACCCCUCGGGCAGGCUUUUGUAUAUGAUGAAUGGUCGUUGCUUGAUACCCAUGCUACCCUACUCGCACCAUUACAUCUCUCGUAUAUCAAUUGAUGGUGUGGAGCACAACAAUCGUAACAUGUCAAGUACAGUAUUUGGAUGGACAGAACUAUUAGACAAUGUACAUCUACAUCUAUAAAGAUUUAUAUGUAUAAGAUGCGAA